CUUUCUUGAUUUAUUUAUUUACUUAUUUAUAUUUUUUUGUGUAGACCAUCUGAGUGCAAAUGCAAAUGGGAAGAUGACCAGUGGUAGUGUUAUAAUGCUGAGGCUUUGUAGAAGAGCAUGUAUUUGUAGCUUCAGGAAGCCACUCCUUCUGGUCUGCGUCAGCUGUUUGUGCUCGCUUUAUCUUUGCCAGUUACUUGAGAUAUUAUUUUUAAAUGUCUAAGCUUCAUGGGGAAUCUGUCUAUAGUCUGCACUGGGAAGAAAACAGCAGGGCAUUUGCAGACAGCCGCUCAGCCUAAAUCAUGAAUAAAACAGAAGACAUCAACAACGGACAGCAUGGUGAACCUCGCAAGUUUGAUCCAGCAUUUAAAGGGCCUAUCCAUAACAGGCACUGCACAGACGUUGUCUGCUGUGUGAUCUUUGUCGUUGUCAUUCUUGGCUAUAUUGCACUUGGAACUGUGGCUUGGAUACAUGGAGACCCAAGAAAAGUGGCUUAUCCUACCGACAGCUAUGGACAGUUCUGUGGGCAGCACGGAACCCCUCAUGCGAACAAAACCCUUUUGUUCUACUUCAAUAUUCUCAAAUGUGCCAGUCCUGCAGUUCUUAUUAAACUACAAUGUCCUACAACUCAGCUUUGUGUCUCCAAAUGCCCGGAUAGAUUUGCAACCUACAUUGACAUGCAGUACUCUUACAGGUCUAACAAAAGCUACUGGGAAUAUUAUCGACAGUUCUGCAAGCCUGGAUUUAACAAUCCCAGAAAGUCUGUAUCAGAAAUUUUACGAGAUGAAGAUUGCCCUUCGAUGAUUGUUCCUAGCAGACCUUUUUUUCAAAGGUGCUUUCCGGAUUUUACCACCAGAAAUGGAAUAUUGACUGUUGCCAACAAAACCACCUUUAAAGAUGGAAAAGGUAAAACAAGAAAUGUGACAGAGCUCAGGCAGGCUGCAAACCAUGUUGCUACUAUUCAGCAAGGAGGCAAAAGUGGUAUCAAUGGGGUUCUUGAUGGAAGAGAAGUAGGAAUGAAGAUAUUUGAGGACUAUGCCAACUCCUGGCACUGGAUUUUAAUUGGGCUGGUGAUUGCCAUGUUGGUGAGCCUUGUGUUCAUCUUGAUUCUUCGAUUCACAGCGGGGGUUCUUCUUUGGCUCAUUAUUUUCGGGGUUAUUGGAGUUAUCGGCUAUGGCAUUUGGCACUGCUACUGGGAAUUCAGCACUCUGAGAGGAAGGCCUGGAGCAGAUGUUACCAUCUCAGACAUUGGGUUCCAGACGGAUUUCCGUGUCUACUUGCAGCUUAGUCAAACAUGGCUUAUUUUUAUGAUCUUUCUCUGUAUUACUGAAGCUGUGAUCAUCUUAAUGCUUAUUUUCUUGAGGAACAGAGUACGUAUUGCAAUUGCACUCCUCAAAGAAGGAAGCAGAGCCAUUGGAGAGAUAAUGUCGACCUUGUUCUACCCUAUUAUUACCUUCCUCCUGAUUGCAGUUUGUAUCUCCUACUGGGCUGUCACGGCAGUGUUUUUGGCUUCCUCUGGUGAACCGGUGUACAAAGUGAUGCCUGCCCAGCCUAAGUGCAUAUAUGCAAAUCUGACUUGUGAUCCUAAUACAUUUAACAAAACAAAUGUGACAAAAGUUUGCCCAGGAUCUCAGUGCACAUUUGCAUUCUAUGGUGGGGAGAGCCUUUACCACAGAUAUAUCCUGGUCCUGCAGAUUUGCAAUGUCUUUGUCUUCCUCUGGCUGGUUAACUUUGCCAUUGCUUUAGGUCAGUGCACGCUGGCUGGGGCCUUUGCAUCAUAUUACUGGGCAUUAAGGAAGCCAGCAGACAUUCCACAGUACCCUCUCUUCUCUUCCUUUGGGAGAGCAAUAAGGUAUCAUACAGGGUCUCUUGCUUUUGGAUCUUUGAUCCUUGCCACUGUGCAGCUGAUCAGAAUUAUUUUGGAAUAUCUGGACCAUAAGCUUAAAGGUGCAGAGAAUGUUUUUGCCAGAUUCUUGUUAUGCUGUCUCAAGUGCUGCUUCUGGUGCUUGGAGCAUUUCAUUAAAUUUAUGAACAGAAAUGCAUACAUAAUGAUUGCAAUAUAUGGCAAAAGUUUCUGCGCAUCUGCAAAGGAGGCCUUCUAUUUGUUGAUGAGAAACAUUGUAAGAGUUGCAGUGUUAGAUAAGGUUACCGACUUUCUGCUGUUCCUUGGAAAAAUAUUCAUUGCAGGAAGCGUUGGUGUCCUUGCCUUCUUUUUCUUUACUCGCAGAAUACCUUUUAUACAAGAAGAAGCACCAUCUUUAAACUACUAUUGGGUGCCGCUUCUGACUGUAAUAUUUGGCUCUUAUCUCAUUGCCCAUGGAUUUUUCAGUGUCUAUGCAAUGUGUGUUGACACACUGUUCCUCUGUUUCUGUGAAGAUCUAGAAAGGAAUGAUGGAUCAGCAGGAAAGCCUUACUUCAUGUCUCCUGAGUUGCACAGAAUCUUGGGAAGAAACGAACAAAACCCCAAAAAGGCUGCUGCCUAAUUGCGUUGGAUGCUUCACUUCAUCUGAAAUAGCUUUAUUUAUUCAUAAACUAAGCAUGCUUUAAACAAUUUGUGGCUGAAGGGUAACUCCAGGGCUCAUUGGCAGAAGUUAACAUUAACACAAACUGGCAGAGAGAAGGUGACGCUGGGCUCUGUUCACUUUUCACCCUUGCUGGCACACUAAUGGGCUUCAAUUCAUUCCUCUGGUGCUUCAGGGAUGGUCUUACAUUGUGAAGAUAGCUGCCUGACUAGCUGACUCAGUCUCAUGCCUUCUGUUAUCAGACAUUGCACUUUCAGAUUCCAUCUUACUGGCAUAAUCGACAGCGUUUUCAGUUUAGGAAAUGGUUUUUAUUUUGUAAGAGCAAAGACAAAUUCAGCCAAUGCUUCUUUUAGUAUCUGGCCUAUUGAAAACCAUACAAACUGAAAAACAAUUUCACUUAUGAUUUUGUGACAUGCUAAUCAUUUCUUUUGUCUUUUUUUACACUCGCUGCGCUUUUUCAUAUGUUUGUUAAUGAAAGCAGAUUAUUGAAGCAAACAAGUGCACAGCAGGCUGUACUAAAAGAGGAAGAAGGAAGACCCCUUGCCUGCUCUCGGAGUUCAUGCUGAUCUGAGUGUAGGACGGCCGGACGUUCACAUGCGUGUCAAUGUGGAGUACCUGAAAGCCAUUUAAACAUUCAAAGCAUCUUUCUGAGUGCGCCAAGCAAGUAUGAUACAGUGAGCUUAGCAUUGGCCAUGGCUUUUCAGAUGUGCUGACACGUAUGCCAAGUCCAUAAUCACUUUUAGAGUUUCCAGUGCCCACAAAACGUAACAAAAUGCAUCUGUGUUGGACAAAGUGCCUUGUACAGGCGGCGUUCUUUAUGUGAUUUAAAGAGAAAUGAGAAUCCUGUAUACAUUUUAUAUUUGUGAUUUUAUUUCUUCUUCACAGAGUGGAUAUGUUUCCAUGCAUAUUUUCAAAGUUGGAAAUCUGAUUUUACCAUUUACUUUACAUUAAAUAUUCAUUUCUGAUUACAGAAAGGUAGGAAGAAUCAGCAUGAUUGUACAGAUUCAUAAAUAUAAAACACUAUCAGAAAAAGCAAAAGCAAGAAAUAUUUAACUAUGUAAGUUUACACAGAUUUAAUCAUGUGUAUAUAUUGUGUACUGGUAGAAGAGAUCCCAAUCCUGAAAGGAAUACUCCAUGCAAAAAUGAUCUUUUAUGUGUUUUUUACCCCAUGCUGUUUGUAGUGAUGGCUGAGAAAAAUGUUUAGGCUCGUGCUUUCAAGGAGAACAGAGAUAAUAAAGUUUCUGCCACCACAGGAUGUUUGAAUGUUGUUUGCUGUGUUUCCUUAAUGGCCUCCCACACCUACUGGCCCCUAAACUUUGUUAUCUCGGCAUGAAAAUACAAGCUUAAAAACUUUUGUCAGCCAUCACUAUAAAAACAAUCAUAAAAAGGAUCAUUUUUGGGUGGCCUAUUCUUUUAAUAUUGAAUGUUCCCAAAAAAUGAACAAGGGAAGCAUCGAUUAAAGAAAUACUCCUCAAAAAACGAUUGUAUAUGUCACUUACUCUACUCAGUAGUUUUUAGUGAAGGCAUAGAAAUAAUGUUAUUUCAUGUUUUUAUGUAAAACGGAGUUAAAAAAAAUGGAUCCUCAUAGAACAGAAGUUUAUGGUGACCAACUUUGGACAACAAUAUCAAAAUAUCUGUGAAAAAAAUCCCAUGUUUCUUAUGUUGCAUAAUUCCCAUGUCAAAUCACUCAGUCAUAUGCUGACAUCAUCCCAAACACGUGUACUUUUACUAAAAUAUUGUUAAAUAAAUUCCUUCCAAAUAUGCUCUUGUGAACUCAACUGGAACACACUUGGAUGUGAAUGAGUAUUUCAAUUGAAGACCCGCCCCCUCCCCACAUUCAUUGGUCACAAGUCCUGACUGGUAGUAGCUUGUUCAUUGGCUAACAUUUUAUUCACGUUAUUUUAGCAGUGCAGAGUUCACCAUUAGGCAUGUACAACUAAAGGUGAGCUGUUAAAAAAAAAACCGAAGUGAGUGAAGAAUGUUAUCAGGAAGAGAAUACGGCUUAUUUAUACGUGUGCGUAUCUGAAGGUCGCUUCACCCGCACAGUUUCACAGACUGCCACCGAAUAAUCCUGACAUCCUCCAUACUCUAAAAGUGACAACGAGAGGAGGAUCUGCAAUUCAAAUGCUCGUUCGUGUCUAAGUGUUCCAUUUUAGUUCACAAUAGUGUGUUUUAGAAGGGAUUUAUUUAGCAAUAUUUUAGUAAACAUACAUGUGUUUGAGGUGGUGUGAGCAUACAACUGGAUAACGUCUCUGGUGGGAUUUUUUUUUUUUUUCACGGCUGUUUUGAUAUUUUUGUCCAAUGCUGGUCACCAUAGACUUCUUUUCUGUCAGAUAGUUUUUUUUUAUUCUCCAUUCUAAAUGAAAACAUGACAUAAUUUUUUUUUCCCCAGCCUUCACUAGGCACACCAUGGAGUAAGUAACAUAUAAAAAACAUUUUGGUGCAGUAUUCUUUUAAGUAAGUAAGCAUAAGGUAGGAAUAUAUUAGAAAUCAAAGUAGCUGACAUCAUGAACAAGGGGACUAUUCAUUAAUCAUUGUUAAGUUUUCUGGACCCGCUUAUCACAUGCGCAACCAAAACAAAAUGGACACUCAAUGAACCUUAGAGGUACUAUAAAGGUGGAGGUAAACAAGGCUUCCUCUGUCUUCCCUCACCGGUGAGCCUCUGAGUAUACUGGGGUGGCUUUUAUUUCUUGCAUUUGGCCGAGCUCAUAAUUUUAUACACACUGAUCAUGCAUCCGCCUAUAAUGCCUCUGCCACAACCUGCUCCCCUGAAUACACCAUGAGGUGAACGCCUCUGUUGCACGUCGGCCGGGCAGGAAAGUCCAUCCCCUAAGUAAAGUCAGACAGGUGGGGCCUAAGAUUACAAUGUGCACGAUGAAAAUGUGAGCAAUGUGAUCAAAACUGAGCAGAGCCGGAGUGGAUCAGGAUUGUGCAGUGCUUUAGAAACAAGUUAGUUUCUUGCUAAUGUGCCUAGCUCCACUGCAGAGGAGGACAUGUUUUGGAUCUCAAGCUGAACACCUUUAUGGACUCACUUUGUAAAAGGAUGUCAAAGCCAUUUUUUUGGUAAUUUUGUACUAGUGUGGUACUACAUUUUUAUAAUCCUAAUUAAUAUAAUAAUCUUUGGAUUUUUUUGUCUAAAUCUAUGGAAUACUAAUCGUGUUUAUACAACAGACUUUUUUGUAAAAAAAA